AUGCCUCUCGGUGGUUCCUGUGUUCAGGGCUUGGGGGGUCAUGCUCAUGUGUCCAAUAUGGGAUAUGAAAAUGAGAAAGAGAGUGCAGCCUCCAGGGUGGACUCAGUGGUCUUUGAGGAUGUGGCUGUGGACUUGACUCUGGAGGAGUGGGCUGUGCUGGAUUGUGAUCAGAGGGACCACUACAGAGAUGUGAUUUUCAAAAGUUUUCAGAACCUGGCUUCAAUAGAAAUUACAUGGUGGAGAGACACUGAAAAUGUUGAUCAAUAUGGAGAAGUCUUCAGCCAGAUUCCAAAUCUUAACCCAUACAAGAAAAUUCCUACCGGACUAAACCAGUAUGGAUACAGUGCCUAUGGAAAGGUCUUCAUGCAUUGUUCAUCCCUCAAGAGUCACAUCACAGUUCACACUGGACAAAAACUGUAUCAGUGCCAGGAAAGUGGGCAGGCCUAUGGUUGUCAUUCACACCUAAGAAUGCAUGUUAGAACCCACAGUGGAGAGAGACCCUAUGCUUGCAAAUUAUGUGGGAAAACCUUUCCUCAUAUGUCUUCCCUCAAUCAGCAUAUACGGAUUGACACUGCUGAGAAAACCUAUGAAUGUAAGCAAUCUGGGAAAGCCUUCAUUGAUUUUUCAAGUCUUACUAGUCAUUUGAGAAGUCAUACUGGAGAGAAGCCAUAUAAAUGCAAGAAAUGUGGGGAAGCCUUCAGUUGUUCCUCAUCCUUUCAGAGACAUGAAAGGACUCAUGAUGGAGAGAAGCCCUAUGAAUAUAAUCGAUGUGGGGAAACAUUCAGUCAACCCUCAUCUCAUCCUUUUGAGGACAUGUGUGUAGUGGAGAAAAACCCUAUGAAAGCACACAUACACAUGAGACUGCACACUGGAGAGAAACCUUAUACAUGUGAGCACUGUGGGAAAGCCUUCAAUUAUUCCUCAUCCUUAAGAAGACACGUGAGAAUGCACACUGCAAGAAAACACUACAGAACCCACAGUGGAGAGAGACCCUAUGCUUGUAAAUUAUGUGGGAAAACCUUUCCUGAUAUGUCUUCCCUCAAUCAGCAUAUAGAGAUUGACACUGCUGAGAAAACCUAUGAAUGUAAGCAAUCUGGGAAAGCCUUCAUUGAUUUUUCAAGUCUUACUAGUCAUUUGAGAAGUCACACUGGAGAGAAGCCAUAUAAAUGUAAGGAAUGUGGGGAAGCCUUCAGUUGUUCCUCAGUUUUUUGA